AUGCAGAAGAAUAGCACAAUAGACAGUAAUUACUUUGUUGAGCAUAUUAGCUUUUCUGUCAAAGAAGCCUCAAAUACUAUUACAAAUGUUAGUAGAAUUCAUGGAAAGAACAGUGAGUUUGGAGGCAGAAGACUGGAGUUCUAUCCUGACUUUGCCAUUGAGACCACAGAUUUAGAGCUGGAAGAAAAACCUUUGGAGAAAUGGGCAAAAUUUCUUCGUGAUUUUGAAAUCUUCAAGCAGUCAUGUAUACCAUGGGAAAAUAAAAUCAAAGCUGUUGAAAGCCAGUUUGGGUCAUCGGUUGCCUCUUAUUUUCAUUUCUUGCGGUGGAUGUAUGGAGUGAAUAUGGUUCUCUUUGUACUGACAUUUAGCCUUAUCAUGUUACCUGAGGCAUUAUGGGGCUUGCCAUAUGGAAGUUUACCUAGAAAAACAGUCCCAAGAGCUGAAGAAGCAACUGCCCAGAACUUUGGUGUGCUAUAUGACUUCAAUGUAAGUAUCUUUCCCAAGAAGCAUUCCUCUAAUGUCCAGAAUGAACCUAAAUUUCUGGAGCUUCAGGGAUGUGGUUUCCAGAAUGUAUUCAGCAUUUCAGAAGCAAAAGUCUCAUUCCAUCAUAUUGGAAAUCCAAUCCAAUUUUGAGAAUUUUCUCAGC